UUUAGGAUCCACUCCUGAGGAUGAAGCAUCUAAAGCCACAGACAGCGUCACCUUCAUGGUGCCCAAGAAAGAAAUCAGCAUGGUGCCGGACAUGGGGAAGUGGAAGCGAUCUAUGGCCUAUGCUGACUACAUCGGCUUCAUCCUGGCACUGAAUGGAGCCGUGAAGGGAAAGAAGCUCUCGUGUGAAUACAAAGUUUCAGAGACGGUGCAGAAGUUAUUAGAUCUUUUGGGGACUCUGGACCGAUGGAUAAACGAGACCCCUCCCGUUGACCAGCCAUCACGCUUUGGGAAUAAGGCCUACAGAACCUGGUACUCCAUACUAGACCAGGGGGCAGAGUCCUUGGUGUUCGCUCUGCUCCCGAAGGACACAUCUGCAGCAGCUGCAGAGAUAGCCGUUUAUCUGAAGGAGUCUGUGGGCAACGCCGUCAGGAUAGACUAUGGAACAGGGCACGAGGCUGCGUUCGCUGCGUUCCUCUGCUGCCUCUGUAAGGUUGGAGCUCUCAAGGUAGACGAUCAGCUGGCUAUCGUCUUUCUGGUUUUCAACAGGUGAGCUGU